AUGAACGGCACACCGGCGCGCAGAGGCGUGGGCGGCUUCCCCUCGACACCGCAAACGACGAAUCGAUCGCCAGACGUGCGAAGCCCGAAUGGCGGCACGCCGAGGCCAAAUGUGCGGACGUCGCUUCCAGACCUGCCAAAAGCACCCGCACAGUCAGGCUCAGGGCCUCUGAUACCAUCGGACAUCCUCGAUCCCGCCCAGCAGCGCUUCUACGUCUUCGCCAUCUAUAUCGGCCUAUGGGCUUACCGACUAUACGACUUUUACACCCUGAUCAUUGAGGAGGACCAAUCAUUAAUUCUGUGUCUGAAAUGGUGUUUCUUCGACAUGCUGUUCAUGUUUGGCACGCCGCUGCUGGAAAUUCCCUGGUUGGAGUGGAGCAACGGCGCUGCAUUUUUGCUGUUUGUGGCGCAUGCUGCGAUAGAUGUCAUGCUCAUGUUCAAGAUUGGCGUCCCUGUGCAGACGUGGUUUAUCGGCCUGGUGGGCUUCUUGUGGGACAGCGAGCUGGCCAUCAGCGAGCGCAGCGUCAAGCCCGGCGCGAUUCUGCACAACGCCUCCUUGAUCCUCGGAAAGCAGAUCAUCAACAUCCUCCCUGAGGGAUCCGCCAUCCUGAACCCCGACAAGCAGCCCUUCUGCCUGAGCUCGACCAUCACCCAGCUCGAAAUACCCAUCCUCAUCAACCAGACCGAGCCCAUCGAGAUGGAGCUCCUGCGCAUCGAUGUCGCGACGAACACCAACGAGACCAUCACGAUAAAGAAGAAGGAUUUGGGCAAAAUGCUGGACAAGGCGAGAAAGUCAUUGAAGAAGUCGUCGAAGAAUGUCGACCCGGAUGACCCGUUACUGCUGCGAUACACUGUCAAGAAGCCUGGUGUAUACCUUCUGAAAAGAGUCGUGGACCAGUCGAAGCUCCAGGUCCGCCCUCGCGCCUCCAGCCUAGUCGUUGCGACAUGUCCGCAGGCUCGCGUAAAGCCUACGAGCGGCAACCGAUGUCGCAACGAUCUCUCUGAUGUGGCACUUGAGGUUGAGGGCACGCCGCCCCUGAGCAUCAAAUACCGCCUAGCAGUAAACGGUGUUCAGCGAGGUGGAUCUGAGUUCCAGAAUCUACAGCCAGACGAUGCCGUCUCGCCAUUGUCAAGACACUCGUCGCAAGCUUUGGUGAAGAGCGGGCAUGAGGAUGUCACGUGGGCAAAGUCGCAGAAGAUUACAGUGCCACUGAACGAAACUGUCACGACUAGCGGGCUCUGGGAGUACGAGGUUGAAGAAGUGCACGACGGCUUUGGCAACAUGGUCAAUUUCGCCGCUCUUGACGAUGACGAGAGGCCAAAGCACAAGGCUACCGGGCUGCGCCAAACGUUCCAGGUCCACGAGCGCCCUACUAUCUUCUUGAAGGGCUGUAGUCCUCAGACCCCAAUCAAAGUUGCCAGGAACAAUGUCGAGCGCCUCCCUGUCGCCUACAGCUCAACAUCUCGAAAGGCAAUCGAGGCCCCGCACACAAUCUCAUACAUCUUUACUCCGGAGCAAGACAUUGUCACAGACGGAUAUCACAGUGCGGAUGCUAAGCUCAAGAAGGAAGUCAUGCGGAGCACGAAAGAGCAACCCCUCAUCCAAGCCCCUGGCCUAUACACACUGAAAUCGGUAUCGACCGACUUCUGCGAAGGCGAGGUCCUUGAGCCCACCUCUUGUCUGCUCCAAAACCCGCCAGAGCCAAACUUGAGCUUGACGAGCGACGACAUUGUCGACAAAUGUGCAGGCAACCCCAUCGGGCUCCAAGUCAGUCUCAACCUGGUGGGCAGCCCGCCAUUCACUGUCUACUACAGCGAGUAUUUCAACGGACGAAAGAAGCAAACACGACCGAUCCAGAUCGCCUCCCUUCGAUGGACCACCGAUUUCGUUCCAAAAGAUGCUGGUCACUACAAGUACAUUUUCGAAAGCGUUAGUGACGCUGUGUACAAGGAUGUGCCCUUGAAGAACAUCGAACUGCAGCAGAACGUCAGGCCUUCAGCACAUGCCCGUUUCGUUGAAAGCAGACGGCCCCAGCAGGCUUGUAUUGACGACACCGCCGACUUUGACGUACGCCUUUCUGGAGACGCGCCAUGGAAGCUCGAGUACGAGAUCGUCCACAACGGCAAGCGCGCCAAGCACACAGUUGAUAUCAGCGACGAGCACUACACCAUCCGGACAGACAAACUUUCGAGCGGUGGCGAGUAUGUCGUCACCCUUACGAGUGUCAGUGACAAGGUGGGAUGCAAGGAGUACCUGCAAGAGGAAGCCAGAGUCAACGUACGACACGAACGACCCAAAGCCUACUUUGGUCACAUCGAAGGCCGCCAAGCUGUCAGGGCUUUGGAAGGCAGGACCGUCGGACUGCCGCUGCGUUUCACCGGUAAUGGUCCCUGGAGACUGGAGUAUGAAAAUCUGGCGACGAAAGAGAUCAAGAAGGAGACUUUCCAAACGGCCAACUCAUUCUUGGACGUCAAGACCGAUGGCACAUACCAGCUCCUGUCUGUCAAGGACUCUGUCUGCCCAGGUCUUAUUGAGGAGAAGGCUAGUCAGUUCGACGUGUCUUGGGUUGCACGACCAGCGCUCAGCAUUGCCGAGACUCCUGCUAUCAUUGUAGAGGGCGGCAAAUACAUCCGGGAUGCGGUUUGUGAGGGUGAAGAUGACUCUUUCGACAUUUCGCUGAGUGGAAAUGCUCCAUUCGAUGUUUCGUACCGCGAAGAGCUCAAGGACAAGAGGGGUAAGAACGUCAAGGUACAAGAAAAAGAGCUUCAUGCUACUAGUGGCAUCACGUCCAUCAAGGCCGACACUGCUGAAGCAGGCACAUACGAAUACACGUUUGUGAAGCUUGCAGACGCCAAGUACGACCACUCAAGGAAGCACUUUACGCCUGUCGCAGUGCGACAGAUUGUCCACCCACGUCCGAGCGCUCGCUUUGACAAGCCUGGAAAGACGUAUAGCUACUGCUCCAGAGAGGCUGAGGGUGAAGAGGUCAUCCCAAUCACUCUCGAAGGUGUGCCACCGUUCCAUCUUGAGGUCGAAAUCAAGCACCAAGGCACACCAAAGCCGGAACUCAGCGUCCACAAGAACAUUCCAGACAACAAGUAUGAUCUCAAGAUCGAACGCAACAAGCUCAACCUUGGCCAAUCGUCCAUCUUCAUCCGCAAAGUACGCGAUUCGCGUGGCUGCACGCUUAAGCCGCAGCCCAACAGCAAAGAUCGCGUCCAGAUCAGCGUGUUCGACGCUCCUACCGCUACUCCCCUUGAAGAUCGCACCGACUUCUGCGUUGGCGAGCGUCUGUCUUACGCUCUUAGCGGCCAACAACCAUUUACCGUCUAUUACACCUUCGAAGGCAAACAACGCAAAGCCUCCAACCCUGGCACAAACUUCCGCCGUCUUGCCGAACUCCCCGGAACCUUCACUAUUACCGGUCUCCGCGACUCAGCCUCUGAGUGCCUCGCCACUCUCAACCUUGAGAAGCACAUCCACCCUAUCCCCUCGGUCAAACUCUCUGGCGGCCAGGUCAGCGAGAUUGACAUCCACGAGGGUGGAGGCACCGACCUGGAAUUUGAGUUCUGGGGCACGCCGCCAUUCGAAUUCACAUACACACGCAGUACGAAUGCGGUACGUGGCAGGAAGAGUAAAGUCUUGGAGGUCAAGACGGAGAGGAGUGAGGGUCAUCAUUUGAGAAUCCCCGUGCAAGAAGAGGGCACGUAUGAGGUUGUAAGCAUCAAGGACAGGUGGUGUAGUUUUGCGAGAGAGGGUUUGGAUGUCAAGAAGGGUGGGCAGAAGAUGUUGACGUAUUGA